UAUCCAUGCCAGCUCCUGUCCUUUCAUCUGAAGUUGGUUGUCUCGGCUAUUUUGCUGGACCAUCCCUGUGAGGCCGCUCUGCCCUGCUUCUGUCUGCCUCCAGCAGUGCUAUUAAGGGAAGGAGGGAGUUGUGAAUUCCCGCAGUCUUUGGGAGCGGAGAAAAGUCAAGCUUCAUCUUAAUGUUGCUGCGGGAGUCUCAGUAAAUGUCCAUCUGUCUGAUGCGGGUGAUGCAAAGGACAUUUUUUAAAAGGAGCCUUUUAACUCCGUAGACACAUAGGGACCCAUUCACGGGCAGGCACACGCACACACACGCGAGGAGGAGGAAGAAGAAGAAGAAGCAACAACUUUUCGAUCGCUGCUUUUAAAAGGGAGAAGCCCUUCCCUGGCCGGGACUUGCCUUCUGCCUCCUCAACCAGCUGCUAAAAGUAUGUUUCUGAGGCGGACUGUACUUCAGGGAACUUCUAUUUUCUGCUCGGCAGCUGUAGAGGAGCAGCAGCGAAGUUCGGAGUAACACCAAGUGAUGCGGGAAAAACACCCCGAGAGCAGAAAACCCUCCUGCAGACACAACCCCUGCUGCUGCACACAGGUUGAUCAUGGUUGCCGCGACCCGCUCCCUCCUGGCGCUGCUGCUCUGCCAGGUGCUGCUGGGCGGCGCGGCCGGCCUCAUGCCGGAGGUGGGCCGGCGGCGCUUCAGCGAGCCGGGCCGCGCCGCCUCGGCCGCGCAGCGCCCCGAGGACCUCCUCAGCGAGUUCGAGCUGCGCCUGCUCCACAUGUUCGGGCUGAAGCGGCGGCCCAGCCCCGGCAAGGACGUCGUCAUCCCCCCCUACAUGCUGGACCUCUACCGCCUGCACGCGGGCCAGCAGCUGGGGCAGCCGCCGGCCCUCGGCUACCCGCUGGAGAGGGCCGCCAGCCGCGCCAACACCGUCCGCAGCUUCCACCACGAAGAAGUUUUGGAAGAACUGCCAGAAACAAGUGGGAAAACAGCACGGCGUUUCUUCUUUAAUUUAACUUCCAUCCCUAAUGAGGAGUCUAUCACCUCAGCUGAACUCCAGAUUUUUCGGAAACAGGUGCACGGAGCCUUUGAGAACAACAGCAGCUACCAUCACCGUAUUAAUAUUUAUGAAAUUAUAAAGCCAGCCACAGCCACCUCUAAGGACCCUGUCACAAGACUUUUGGACACCAGGUUGGUGCAUCAUAAUGCAAGUAAAUGGGAAAGUUUUGAUGUAACACCAGCUGUUUUGAGGUGGAUUGCACAUGGACAACCUAAUCAUGGGUUUGUGGUAGAGGUGGUUCACUUGGACAAAGAGAACAGUGCCUCCAAGAGGCACGUUAGGAUUAGCAGGUCUUUACAUCAGGAUGAAGAUAGCUGGUCUCAGCUGAGGCCGUUAUUAGUAACGUUUGGGCAUGAUGGCAAGGGACACCCGCUUCAUAAAAGAGAAAAGCGUCAAGCGAAACACAAACAGCGUAAACGCCACAAAUACAGUUGCAAAAGGCAUCCGUUAUAUGUGGACUUCAAUGAUGUAGGGUGGAAUGACUGGAUUGUUGCCCCACCGGGGUAUAGUGCCUUUUACUGCCAUGGGGAAUGUCCUUUUCCACUGGCAGAUCAUCUAAACUCAACAAACCAUGCCAUUGUUCAGACUUUGGUCAAUUCAGUGAAUUCCAAAAUCCCCAAGGCUUGCUGUGUGCCGACAGAACUGAGUGCUAUUUCCAUGCUCUACCUUGAUGAAAAUGAAAAAGUUGUAUUAAAGAACUAUCAAGAUAUGGUUGUGGAGGGUUGUGGGUGCCGCUAACACAGCAAAUAUAUUAGACAUAAAAAA